AUGAAGACCAUAAUGGCAGCCAAAUCCCCGCAUGACUCUUCUUUCUCCUUCUCAAGGAGGUACUUCCAUUGGAAAAAGAAGCCAUCUUUGGAUGAGGAUGACGAGGAAGAAAUCCUCAACAUAACUUCAUCCUCACAUUUUCCUGAAGAUGAAGAGGAUCAUGAUCAUGAUCAUGAUCAUAACCACUUUACAAUCCAAAUGCCACCACAACUUGAUGGUGCCAUUGUGCCAAUGGAAAAGAAUAAGAAGAAUAAGAACAAGCAGCAUUCAAAGUUGAAGUCAGCACUAACAGUGUUCAUGACCAAAAGAGGUUCACUUCUACACAAUCCAAGCCUUGGCACACGUGUGGUGGGGACCCUCUUUGGCCACCGUCGUGGGCACGUGCAUUUUUCAUUCCAAGAGGACCCAAAAUUGGGCCCUGCAUUCUUGAUAGAGUUAGCAACACCCACGAGUGUUUUGGUUAGGGAAAUGGCUUCUGGGUUGGUGAGGAUUGCAUUGGAGUGUGAGAAGAAAGAGCAUAGCAAUGGUAGUAGCAAGGGUGUGAAGUUGGUGGAUGAACCACUUUGGAGGACUUAUUGCAAUGGUAGAAAAUGUGGGUAUGCAAAUAGGCGUGAAUGUGGGCCUGAAGAGUGGAAGAUUUUGAAGGCUGUUGAGCCCAUUUCAAUGGGUGCUGGUGUGUUGCCAAUGCCAGGUUGUGGGAAUGGAGUUGGGUCCGAAGGUGAGCUCAUGUACAUGAGAGCCAAGUAUGAGAGGGUUGUGGGGUCCAAAGAUUCUCAAGCCUUCUACAUGAUCAACCCUGAUGCUAGUGGGGGUCCUGAACUCAGCAUUUACUUGCUUAGAGUUUAA